AUGGAAAAAAAAAUUAAGGAUUUAGAGCAAAGUAAAAAAAAAGUUGCCGAUGAAAAUCAAUUGCUACUCUCCUUUUUAUUGAAUGAAAUAGGAAGUAAUAAUUUAGAUAAAUUAAGAGAAUUAUUAGACGGACAGAAUCUUAUUGAGAUAUUAAUUGAAUUAGAUGAUCGAAGACAAGAAAUUCUAAACUUAACUUUUGAUUUAAAAAUAAAAAAAGAAGAAUUAUUAAAGUUAAGUUCUCAAUUCAACUUUUCAGAAAAAAAAUGUAAAUUGCGAGAAGAAGAAGACAAAAUCAAGCAAGAAACUAUUAAUGUUUUAGAGAAAAAGAUUAAAGAACAAGACAAAGAAAAUAAAGUCAAUCAAGGAAUAGUUAGCAAUUUAAAAAAAAAAACUAGAGAACGAGAAGAAGAAGCCAGACAAAAGCAUAGAACAAUUAGUCUUUUGGAAGAAACGAUUAAAGAGCGAGUAGAAGAAGCCAAAGCCAAGCAAGAAACUAUUAACGUUUUAGAGGAAAAGAUUAAAGCCAAUAAUGCAACGAUUUUUUGUUUAGAGGAAACGGUUAAAGCGCGAGAAAAUAAAUCUAAUACCAAUCAAGGAAUAAUUAACAAUUUAAAAAACAAAACUAGAGAACGAGAAGAAGAAGACAGACAAAAGCAUAGAACAAUUAGUCUUUUGGAAGAAACGAUUAAAGAGCGAGUAGAAGAAGCCAAAGUCAAUCAUGCAAGGAUUUGUUAUUUAGAGGAAAUGUUUAAAGCCAAUAAUGCAACGAUUUUUUAUUUAGGGGAAAUGGUUGACUCACGAGUAGAAGAAGUCAAAGCCAAUCAUGCAACGAUUUUUUGUUUAGAGGAAAUGGUUAAAGCGCGAAAAAAUAAAUCUAAUGUCAAUCAAGGAAUAAUUAACAAUUUAGAAAAAAAGGUUAAAGUUCUAGAAGAAGCAGCCAGAAAAAAGAAUAGAACAAUUUGUCUUUUGGAAGAAACGAUUAAAGAGCGUGAUGAAGUAGUCAAAGCCAAUACUUUACUAAUUUCAUGUUUAAAGAAAGAGGUUACAGCGCAUGAAAUAGAAAAAAAAGAAAACCAAAAAACUAUUAAUGAAUUAAAAGAACAAAUUAGUAAGCAAUCCGAAGACACUAUUGGUGAAAAGCAAAGUAAAAAAAAAGUUGACGAUGAAAAUCAAUUUCUACUCUCCUUUUUAUUGAAUGAAAUAGGAAGUAAUGAUUUAGAUAAAUUAAGAGAAUUAUUAGACGGACAGAAUCUUAUUGAGAUACUAGUUGAAUUAGAUGAUCGAAGACAAGAAAUUCGAAACUUAACUUUUGAUUUAAAAAUAAAAAGAGAAGAAUUAUUAAAGUUAAGUUCUCAAUUCAACUUUUCAGAAAAAAAAUGUAAAUUGCGAGAAGAAGAAGACAAAAUCAAGCAAGAAACUAUUAAUGUUUUAGAGAAAAAGAUUAAAGAACAAGACAAAGAAAAUAAAGUCAAUCAAGGAAUAGUUAGCAAUUUAAAAAAAAAAACUAGAGAACGAGAAGAAGAAGCCAGACAAAAGCAUAGAACAAUUAGUCUUUUGGAAGAAACGAUUAAAGAGCGAGUAGAAGAAGCCAAAGCCAAGCAAGAAACUAUUAACGGUUUAGAGGAAAAGAUUAAAGCCAAUAAUGCAAGGAUUUGUUAUUUAGAGGAAAUGGUUAAAGCCAAUAAUGCAACGAUUUUUUGUUUAGAGGAAACGGUUAAAGCGCGAGAAAAUAAAUCUAAUGUCAAUCAAGGAAUAAUUAACAAUUUAGAAAAAAAGGUUAGAGAACGAGACGAAGCAGCCAGAAAAAAGCAUAGAACAAUUAGUCUUUUGGAAGAAACGAUUAAAGAGCGAGAAGAAGUAGUUAAAUCCAAUAAUUUACUGAUUACUAAUUUAGAGAAAGAAGUUUCAGCGCAUGAAAUAGAAAAAAAAGCCAAACAAAUAACAAUUAGUAAUUUUGAAGAAAUUGUUAGAGAGCAGCAAGAAAUGUUUAGCGAAUUAAAAGAAAAGAUGGGAGAGCGGGAUGUAGAAAUCAAGAAAAACCAGAAAAUUAUUAAUGAAUUAAAAGAACAAAUUAGUAAGCAAUCCGAAGACACUAUUGGUGAAAAACGAAGCGACGAACGAACUUCUAGGGAGGAGGAAAACAGUACGGUACGAUCAAAAUUUGGACAAACUAUAACUUGUUUUUCUCGCUCUUUAACCUGUUCUUCUCGCACUUUAACCUUUUUUUCUGAAUGGUUUAAUUGA